GUUGCCGUGUGCGCUUUUCGCGGGUAAUUGUGUGAGGGUGGGGAAAGUUUGAAAGUUCGAGGCUGCUGACCUGGCAUGGGCAGCAAGAAACUAAGACGAGUGGGUUUGCCACAAGAGCUGUGUGACCGUUUGAGCAGACAUCAGAUCUUAAAUUGUCAGGACUUUCUAGGUCUCUCCCCACUGGAACUUAUGAGAGUGACUGGCCUGAGUUAUGGAGGUGUCCACAAGCUUCUGAGUAUGGUCAGCAGGGCCUGUGCUCCACGGAUGCAAACGGCUUAUGAGAUAAAGAUGCGGAGGUCUGCUGAUCUCUCCCCAGCCUUCCUGUCUACCACCCUUUCUGCGUUGGAUGAAGUCCUGCACGGUGGUGUGGCUUGUGGAUCGCUCACAGAGAUUACAGGUCCACCAGGUUGUGGAAAAACUCAGUUUUGUAUAAUGAUGAGUGUUUUAGCUACAUUACCCACCAAUAUGGGAGGAUUAGAAGGGGCUGUUGUGUACAUUGACACGGAGUCUGCGUUUACUGCCGAAAGACUGGUAGAGAUCGCAGAAUCCCGGUUUCCACUCUACUUUAACACUGAAGAAAAAUUGCUUCUGAUGAGCAGUAAAGUUCAUCUGCACCGGGAGCUAACCUGUGAGGGAGUUCUACAGAGGCUUGAAUCUUUGGAGGAAGAGGUUAUUUCCAAAGGAGUUAAGCUUGUGAUUGUUGACUCCAUUGCUUCUGUGGUCAGAAAGGAGUUCGAUUCCCAGCUUCAGGGCAACAUCAAGGAAAGAAACAAGUACUUGGCCAAAGAAGCAUCCUUACUGAAGUACCUGGCUGAGGAAUUUUCACUCCCAGUUAUCUUGACGAAUCAAAUUACGACCCAUCUGAGUGGAGCCCUCCCUUCUCAAGCAGACCUGGUGUCUCCGGCUGAUGAUUUGUCCCUGUCUGAAGGCACUUCUGGAUCCAGCUGUGUGGUAGCCGCACUAGGAAACACAUGGAGUCACUGUGUGAACACCCGGCUGAUUCUCCAGUACCUUGAUUCAGAGAGAAGGCAGAUUCUCAUUGCCAAAUCCCCUCUGGCUCCCUUCACCUCCUUCGUCUACACCAUCAGAGGGGAAGGCCUGGUUCUUCAAGGGCAGUAAACAAGAGCUUUGAAAGGGGAAGGAAGCCAGGAGAAAGCCAGCUCCAUUAGUCACGCAGCUGCAUAUCCUGUCACAGAGGACCCCAGUUGAGUAAUCGCCCAAAAAUAUGCCUGUUAUUUUUUUUUCUGUCAAAAAAAAAAAAAAAAAUGGGGCCUGCCAAAA